GCAGAAUAGAGGAAGAGAGAGGGAGCAGAAUAGAGGAAGAGAGAGAAAGCAGCAAAUAGUUCAGCUGCGGCUACUGAAGAGAAACGAUAGAAAGACUGAAAUCCAGAAAGAGAGAGAGAAAUAAAGGAGGAAAAGUGCUUUGACUGCUUGAAGUCCCAGUGGCACACACCAGGACCUGAGGAGGAACGUGUCCCAUGGACGGCAGCCGUCGGCUGAGGAGGCAGACGAGAAGGAGUGAAGAAGGGGGUGAGGAGAGCUCUCUCUCUUUCUCUCUCUGGAAAGAAGGGAGACUGGCCUUCACGACAACUGAUCCUUUCUCCACCUCCGUCUGCUGAACUGAAUCACAGGGAACGAAAGAGAAAGCCCCUCAGACACUCUCACACCCACACUAGUACACUAAGAAUCCUUCUCCCCCAUCCACACACACAGUUUUGACUGAGCCGUCAUGGGGACAGUGAGCGAACUUUGUGCAUCCAGUUUCCAAGCGUUCCUGCAUCCUGCGGUGAAGGAUCCGCCUCCUCCAGUGCCAGAUGACCUCACCCCUGAGGAGCAGCAUGAGCUGGAAAACAUCCGCAGACGCAAGCAAGAGCUGCUGGAAGACAUUCAGCGUCUGAAGAAUGAGAUAGCAGAAGUGACCAGUGAGAUCGAGAACCUGGGUUCCACAGAGGAGAGGAAAAACAUGCAGAGGAACAAACAAGUGGCCAUGGGCCGAAAGAAAUUCAACAUGGACCCUAAAAAGGGGAUUAAGUUCCUGAUUGAGAAUGACCUGCUUAAGCACACCAGCUCUGACAUCGCCCAGUUCCUGUACAAGGGGGAGGGGCUAAACAAGACCGCCAUCGGAGACUACCUUGGGGAGAGAGAUGAGUUCAACCUCCAGGUCCUCCAUGACUUUGUGGAGCUCCAUGAAUUCACUGACUUGAACCUGGUCCAGGCCCUGAGACAGUUCCUGUGGAGCUUCCGGCUGCCUGGCGAGGCCCAGAAGAUCGACCGCAUGAUGGAGGCUUUCGCCCAGAGAUACUGCCAGUGCAACCCUGGCGUCUUCCAGUCCACAGACACCUGUUACAUCCUGUCGUUUGCCAUCAUCAUGCUGAACACCAGCCUCCACAACCCCAACGUGAAGGACAAGCCGGCCGUGGAGCGUUUCAUCUCCAUGAACAGAGGAAUCAACGAUGGAGGAGACCUUCCAGAGGACCUGCUCAGGAACCUGUAUGACAGCAUCAAGAAUCCCCCUGAGCCCUUCAAAAUCCCUGAGGACGAGUCCUAGGGUUACGAUCUCACACACACCUUCUUUAACCCAGACCGGGAGGGCUGGCUGCUUAAACUGGGGGGACGCGUCAAGACCUGGAAGAGAAGAUGGUUCAUUCUCACGGACAACUGUCUGUAUUACUUUGAGUACACCACUGACAAAGAGCCCAGAGGGAUCAUUCCACUGGAGAACCUCAGCAUCCGAGAGGUUGAGGACAAGAAGCCUAACUGCUUUGAACUCUUCAUCCCAGAGAACAAGGACCAGGUGAUCAAGGCCUGUAAGACGGAGGCGGACGGCAGAGUGGUGGAGGGGAACCACACCUUCUACAGGAUCUCUGCUCCCACCACGGAGGAGAAGGAUGAGUGGAUGAACAGCAUCAAAGCUGCCAUCAGCAGGGAUCCCUUCUAUGAGAUGCUGGCCACCCGCAAGAAGAAGGUCUCCUCCAUGAAGAGACACUAGAGCUGCUCAGGACUCCUCCUCUUCCCCCCGUUGAGAGAGUUUGGACCCAUCCUGCUGAGACCCUGAGACUUGUGUUUUCAGGCCUGGGGAUGGGGUUGGGGCAGGG